AUGAUAGUUCAAGUGAUGAUGAUGUCGUUGGAAAAAAAAUGUGAGACCAAGAGAAGAGAGUCUGGGUUGAAGCAUGCACCUGCUGAAGGACUAGCAAAGUCUAAGAGAAAGUUUCUUAACGAUGAUGAUGCAUUGGUGGUGGAUGAUGAGGAGUGUGAGGUGGACUUAAGUUUCUUAGAAGUCCCUGUCACAGGAGAUGAAAACCUGGACAAUGCUUUGGAUCCUGGAGCAGAGUCUGAUGGGGCCAACUCUUGGCACUUGGAGGAAAUGAAGACUCCUCUUCCUUCGGAAGAUGAAUUUUCUGAAGAAGAGCCAAAUGAUGUAUUCCCAGUAUUUAGAGAUGGUAUUCGGUUCGGUGAUUUAAAAUUUGAGGUGGGGAUGAAGUUUAAUACAAAGUCCGAGUUUAAAGAGGCAGUGAGAGAGUUUACAAUUCAAGAAGGUAGGCAUAUUCAAUUUAUUAAGAACGAUGCUGUGAGAUGCAGGGCUGUCUGUAAGGUUGAGGAGUGCAAGUGGGUGGUAUAUGCCUCACGGGAUCAUGAGGAGACAUGUUGGCAGAUAAAAACUUUCAAUGACGACCACACAUGUGCUAGAGAAGCCACCAACCGAACUGCAAAUAGGAACUGGUUGACUAGCAAGUUAGUGAAGAAGGUUAGGAAAUAUCCUCACUUCAGACAAUGUGAGGCAGCUGUCUACUUCAAGUCUAAGUGUGAUCUGGUGUUAAAUAAGAAUUCAAUUUCUAGAGCCUUGGCAGACGCUAGAGUUGUGGUGUAUAGAGAUGAGAAGGCCCAGUAUGCAAUGGUCAGGGACUACAGAAAAACACUCUUGAAGUGUAAUCCGGGUUCAACAGUUAGAAUUGGAACCAUCCCACAACCAGAUGGAGAGGUGAUCUUUCAGAGGAUGUAUGUAUGUCUUAGUGGAUGCAAGAAUGGUUUUAAGGCAGGGUGUAGGCGACUGAUUGGUUUAGAUGGGGCAUUCCUUAAAACACAAACUGGAGGCCAGAUUUUAUCCAUAGUGGGUCAGGACGCAAAUCAUCACAUCUAUGUUAUAGCAUGGGCAAUUGUAGAUAUCGAGAACACGGAGAAUUGGAGGUGGUUUCUAGAGCUACUCCAUGAGGACCUCGGAGACUAUAAAGAAAACAAAUGGUGCUUCAUGAGUAACAUGCAAAAGGGCCUGCUUUCUGCAGUCCAGGAGUGGAAGGAUUUAGAGUUAAAGGGGUUACUUUGGGAAUGCGCACGAUCAACCACUUAUCAAGAUUUCUCUGACAAUAUGAAGAAGAUUAAGAAAAUUAAUGAAGAGGCUUGGAAUUACCUGAACAAGUGGCUUAUGGACUCGUGGACAAAGUCAGCAUUUAGUCAUGCUCCUAAACUUGAUAAUAUCUGUAAUAACACAUGCGAGGUCUUUAAUGCAAGAAUUAAGGAAGCAAGGGCCAAGCCAAUCAUCACGCUACUUGAGGAGGUCAGAAUGUUUGUCAUGAGAACAAUCACUAAAAACAAAGUUAAGUUAGCCAAACAUGUGGGAAAGCUACCACCAAUGGUUCAAAGUAGGUUGGACAAGAUCAGGAAGGAGCCUAAAAGUUAG